AUGUCGCAGUAUCUAACCUCCCUCUUCUCCCUCGCCGGGAAAACGGCCAUCGUCACUGGCGGUACCGGCGGCCUGGGCCUGGAGAUGACGCUCGCUCUGGCCGAGGCUGGCGCUGACAUCGUCUCAAUCGAGCUGCCCAACGACCCCCGGUCUGGCCUCCUGGCUGAAGGCGUCCAGAAGACCGGCCGGUCUCUGCGCGUGUUCCACGCCGACGUGGCCGACAGCAAGGCGCUGCGCGAGACGUUUGCGCAGAUCUGGGAGGCUGGCGUCACGCCGGACAUUCUGCUCAACUGCGCGGGGAUCAAUCGGCGGGGGAAGGUGGAGGAUUUUUCGGACGAGGAUAUUGAUGCGGUCUUCGCCAUCAACCUCAAAGCCAGCUUCGUCGCCGCUCAGGAAGUCGGUCGCCGGCUGCUGCAGCUCAACCGCCCCGGGAAGAUCAUCAACGUGGCGAGCAUCAUCUCGUUCAUUGCCAACAUCAACAUCAGUCCCUAUGCGGCGACGAAGGGUGGCGUGCUGCAGAUGACCAAGGCGAUGAGCAACGAGUGGGCCAGCAAGGGGAUCCAGGUUAAUUGUAUCUGUCCGGGAUACGUUAAAACUCCCCUGACAGAGGUGUACACGCGGGACAAGGCAUACAACGACUACAUCAUUGGACGCACUCCGGCUGGGCGAUGGGGUCUGCCGGAGGAUUUCCGCGGUGCGAUCAUCUUCCUGGCCAGCGAGGCAAGCAAUUUCGUCACCGGGACGAGUCUGGUUGUGGACGGUGGAUUGUGGUGUAGGAAUGCAGUAAUUGUUACUACCUUAAGUGACGAUAAUACAAACGCUAUGAAACGGAGCAAGUACUAUUUCUUGAGUGUAGUCCCUUUGCUGCGAGUAGUUGUAGCUGAUGAUCGUUCCAGCGUGGGGCAGUAUGCAAUUCAGAUUGCUGCUGCGCAUGGCUUCAACGUCGUGACGACUUGCAGUCUACGACACGCGGCACUCCUCCGCUCGUACGGUGCGCGGCACCUAUUUGAUUAUCACAAUGAAAAGGUUGUCGAGAAGAUCAGGGACGCCGUGCCCGAGCUCCACUACGCAUUCGACACUAUUGGGGACUCGACCUCGUCCGGCGUCGCAUCCCAGGCGUUUGGUGAAGGGAAGAGCUACCUCUGCACCGUGCGGCCUGGCAAAGCGAACACGGAGAACGUGACGCCGCAGACCGAAGUGACGGACGUGCUUGUGUGGACGGCGUUCAUGAAGGACCAUCGAUACGGAAAGUUUUACUGGCCGGACGACCACGAACUGGCCAGCGAGUUCUUCGAGAAGCUGCCGUCUUGGCUGGAGGAUGGGAGGAUCCGAUCCAACACGCCGAAGGUCCUGCCUGGUGGACUGGACGCGGUUCCGCGAGGCUUUCAGGAACACCGUGGCGGGAAGAUAUCUGGCUACAAGAUUGUCUACAAGCUUUGA